AUGUCAGACCCCACCUUUAAAAUCGAGACCCCCCGUCUCCUCAUCUCCUACCUCCAACCCGACCUCGACUCCCACUGCGACUUCCUCGUAGCCCUCUACAACACCCCCGAGUUCAUCGCCAACAACGGCAAAACCCCCGUCACGACCCGCGACUUCGCGCGCCGUCAGCUCGAGGGCCGUUUCCGCGCCGAGCACGCCCGCAAUGGCUACGGGACUUACCUCUUUUCUCUGCGCGACUCUUCCAACCCUUCUGAUCUUGCAUCCGCCACGCCAAUCGGCACCGUUUCCCUCAUGCGCGGUGAUGAACCGGGGUCAUAUGCCGCUCCUGAUCUUGGGUUUGCGAUUUUGAGCGAGUACAUGAAGAAGGGAUAUACGAAGGAGGCGGCUCAGGGAUUGAUGGAGUAUGUUGAGCGGGAGCAGGGGGUCAAGGAGAUUUUGGGACUUCACGAUCCGGCGAAUAAAGCCAGUGGUGCGGUUUUCAGAAGCUUGGGGUUCUUGGAUGUCGGGUUGAGGCAGUUAUUGGUUUUUGGACCGGAUGUAGUUGGGCAGGUGUGGAUUAAGAAGGGGAUGAAUGAGGAUGUUAGUGUUUAUGGGCUGCCGAAGGAGGCGCCGCCGGCUGCGGUGGCGGCGGGGGAGGUGGUGAAGGACAUGGAGUCUGUGGGUGCUGUUGCUGUUUAA